AUGGAGGAUGAGGACGUGGCGAUCUGCUUGUUGUGCAGCCUCCCCAAGAGCUACGAGAACGUCGUUCUCAACUUGGAGAUGAGCAGCGCGGAACUGCGAUCGCGAGACGUCGUGAGAGUGCUCACGAAUGAGCACAUCAAGAGGCAAGGUGACAAGACGACAUCGGUGAAGACUGAAGACGCGGCGAAGGCGUUCAGUGCCGAGCGUGAACCUCGACAGUGUACAUACUGCGGAAAAUUGGGGCACACGGCGGAGCGGUGCUGGACCAAGCAGAAGGACGAAAAUCAAGAUGGAGCUCGACGCGGCGGCAACAAUGCUCGUGGACGCGGAGCCAACAACGUUCAGUGGCGAAUCAACAGCACCUACGACGACAACUACGAUCGAGUUGCAUUCGCGGUUUCGCUGCAGGCUGGACUUUCGACGGGCAAGAAUAUGCCAGGGAUGUGGGCAGUGGACAGCGGUGCGACGCAUCACAUCUGCAACGACAAGGCAAAGUUUGCAAGCCUGAAUGAGCGAGAGGAAGGCGAACUAUCAGUGGCUGAUGGCAGCAAGGCUGCGAUCAAGGGUGUGGGAACCAUCAUGGAACGGGUGGUUCUGCCCAAUGGUGACGAACGCGACAUCGAGAUCAAGGAUGCACUGUUUGUACCAAGUAUGAGCAAGAAUCUGCUUCCGGUGCCACAGAUCAACAAGGGUGGCACGUUCCAAGUCGUGUUCGAUGGGUCCAAGAUGCAAGUGAUACGCAAGAAUUCCACACAAGUCGUGGCAACAGCGGAUCUCGUCGAUGGACUUUACUGGCUGCGGACUCCUCAACGAUCGGCAAAUGCAGCAACACGCAAUGGGACUAUCGACUUGCAUGCGCGCAUGGGUCAUGCACCCCUCGAAGUUCUGCGCAAGAUGGUGGCCACCGGCAUGAUCAAGGACGCCAAGGCACCUCUCAACUCGACUGGUCCAAGUGUGUGUCGCGGUUGCCAGCAAGGAAAGAUGGUCCAAAAACCAUUCCCAACCAACCGUGACAAACGCCAAUAUGGUGUGUUCGAGUUGCUGCACUUCGACAUCUGCGGGCCAAUGGAACAAGUCUCGAUCGGCGGCAGAAGAUACUUGCUGCUUGUGGUUGACGAAGCCAGCGGUUGCAUGAAGGGCUUCUGUCUGCGGUCCAAGUCUGAGAGUGAAGACUGUAUCAAGAACCACAUUAUCAAGAUUCAGACUCAGUUCGGCACGAAGAUCAAGUUUGUUCGGCACGAUGGAGCGUAUGAGUUUGCGACCAACUCGAUCAAGACCUUCUACAAAAAUCAUGGUAUCGAACAACAGAUCACGGUACCGUAUGCACACCAGACCAACGGCACCGCAGAACGCGCGAUAAGGACCAUCGUCACGAUCGGACGCAGCUUGUUGCAUCAUGCAAAGCUGGAGAAGUGUUUCUGGGCUGAAGCGGCAAUAACGGCGAUCUACAUCAAGAACCGCCUGCCUUCACCCAAGAUCGACCACAAGACUCCGUUCGAGAUCGUGUACAAGUCGAAACCAAGUGUCAAGCACAUGCGCGUGUUUGGAUGUCGGGCGUUUAUCCUGACACCAAGGGAGAAGCGAUUGAAGUGGGACUCGACGGCUCGUGGAGGGAUGUUCAUGGGCUACGAAGAAGCGUCAAAAGCUUAUCGAGUGUACGACAUUGAGGCGGGCCAAGUGGUGAUCAGUCGUGACAUCACCUUCGACGAAUCGACUUUUGACUUUUCGAUGGACCGACCAAGUGACGAUGAUGAAGAUGCGGAGUUGGACCUCGACCUCCUGGCGAUCAACGAGGACGACGUGCGUCAAACCGUCUACAAGCAGACUGGCAAGCGCAAGAGUGAAGCAAGACCCGGCAUGUCACGUUCAGCUCGCCCUCGAACUGGAUUGGAACAAGCAAGUGCGCCGGAACACGUCUCCAACCGUCACCAGAAACGACGAUCAAGUGCUCCAGAAACGAUGUCUGUUGACGAAGAAGAUGCGAGCGUCCACGAUCAAGAUGACGACUCGACGCCUUCAUCAUUUUGGCGUGCAAGUGCAAACGCAGUGGAAGCAACGGACCUAGCAGAACCUGUGACUUUUCAAGACGCGAUCAAUUGUCCUGAUCAAGCUCACUGGAGAAAUGCUGUGAAGGCGGAACUCAAGUCGAUGCAUCUUCGUGGAGUUUUUCAUGCGGCAAAACUGCCAAGAGGCCAAGGCGCGAUAGGCACCAAGUGGGUGUUCAAGAUCAAGCGCAAAGCGGAUGGAUCGGUCGAGAAAUACAAGGCGCGUCUCGUUGCCAAGGGUUUCAAGCAGAAGUACGGCAUCGACUACAAAGAGACGUUCUCGCCCGUGGUCAAGUACGUGACACUGCGUAUGGCGAUCGCGAUCACCAAGUAUUUCGACUGGCCACUGGACCAACUCGAUGUGGUGACAGCCUUUCUCUACGGAGUGAUGAAGGAGAAGGUGUACUGCGUGAUACCAGAAGGCGUCGAGAUGGAUGGCGACUUCGACUGUCUCGAGUUGACUUUCGACGAGUUCGUAUGCUUUAUCGGUUUCGAAGUGUCGGCGUUUGACCCAUGUCUCUACAUCAAGGUUGUCGACGGUCACUGUGUGCUCGUGCUGGUCUACGUGGAUGACGUGUUGGUCACCGGCAGCUCACUCGAGUUGAUUGCGCAGACGAAGGCCGACCUCAAGACGCGUUUCGAGAUGACCGACAGUGGCAAGUGUACUUUUGUACUGGCCAUCGAACUGGUGGACGAAUCGGAUGGCAGCGUGACGAUGUGCCAGCGACGGUAUGUCAACGACAUCCUCAAGCGCUUCGGCAUGGAUGAGUGCAAGGCCACAGCAAGUCCGGUCGACUUGAGCACUCGGCUUGUCGCAAGCAGCGAAGCGGCCAAGAUCGACGUUCCGUUUCGUGAAGCUGUGGGAGCUUUGAUGCACUUGACGACUGCGACGCGCCCGGACAUUGCGUAUGCUGUGGGGUACGUCUCGCGCUUCAUGGAGAAUCCGCAGCAAGAACAUUGGACGGCGGUGAAGCGCAUCUUUCGUUACUUGCAAGGGACCAAGUCGCACGGACUCCGCUUCCAGCCAAGCGACAAGAUCGACUUUCGUGGCUACUCGGACGCGGACUGGGCCGGCGACCACGCUGAUCGCAAGUCGACUUCGGGUUACACUUUCAUGCUGAUGGGUACUCCUGAAGGCAAGUGGGUGCAUCGCCUGCUAUGCGAGAUUUUGGCGGCCGCAAACGAACCAGGACCGGACCUCGUCAUCCGUGAAGACAACCAGUCGUGCAUCAAGAUGACGAAGAAUCCGGUGAAUCAUGGCCGCGCCAAGCACAUCGACAUCAAGUACCAUCACAUCCGUGAUGAGGUCAAGCGCGGUGAAGUGCAGCUCGAGUAUUGCGAGACUUCCGUGAUGAUGGCGGACAUCAUGACCAAGGGACUUUCGGGACCUCGCACAAGGACUUGA